AUGAUUGGUGAGAACACUGAUGGACUGGUGAGAACCACUGAUGCUACUCUGACUGGCGCUGCUCUGACCACUCGGGUACCUGACUCUGGUCGCCUGCUCUCUGACCAGCUCGGGGUACCUGACUCUGGUCGCCUGCUCUCUGACCAGCUCGGGGUACCUGACUCUGGUCGCCUGCUCUCUGACCAGCUCGGGGUACCUGACUUCACCUUACCAAACAGACUAAGUAACGUGGACAUCGUCAACGGUAACCUGAAGCUGAUCCUGGGACUCAUCUGGUCGCUGAUCAUGCACUACCAGAUCGGUCAGUCCAAGUUCCCACCCAAGAAACUUAUGCUCGCCUGGCUCAAGGCAGUGUUACCAGACUGUCGCAUUCAAAACUUCACGUCAGACUGGAAUAGUGGAGUGUACCUGAGCGCUCUGCUGGACUAUUGCAAGCCUGGGCUCCACACUAACUGGAGGAAUCUCAACCCUCGUAACUCGGUUGAAAACUGCAAGAAUGCCAUGGAGAUCGCCAGAGCAGAGUUCAACAUCCCUAUGGUGCUUGACCCAGAGAUCCUGGCCUCUCCCUACCUGGACGACCUCUCUGGCAUGACCUACCUCUCGUACUUCAUGAAGGAGGGCGGGCCAGGCUACAAAGCCACCCUCAACUGGGUGCAGAAACAGCUGCCUGACAGAAAGAUUAGGAACUUCACGAGUGACUGGAACGACGGGCUCAACCUGACGAGGCUGGUGAAGCAGCUGGGUGGACCAGUCCCUGGCUACAAGAACCUCAACUCAGACCCCAAGAACUGGGAGUCCAACCUUCAGUUAGGUAUCGAGGGAGGGAGGAAGCUGGGCGUGGAGCCAGUGUUGGCGGCGGCAGACAUGGCUAGACAAGACGUGGAGUCCCUGGCUAACAUGGGUUACAUUGCUCACUACCAGUGGAUCAGACCCAGGGACUCUCCUGCUGACACCGUCGCUGUCAAGUGUGACCUUGACAACGUCAGGGUCAACAACCCGGUAAGUCUCAACUCCUCUAUUAACUAGAUGAAUCAGUCACUG